UCGAGGGUGUUUCAGGGAUGGGUGUUCUGGUAGUGGGUGUUUCAGUGGUGGGCUUUUUGGUAGUGGGUGUUCUAGUAGAGGGUGUUUCAGGGAUGGGUGUUCUGGUAGUGGGUGUUUCAGUGGUGGGCUUUUUGGUAGUGGGUGUUCUAGUCGAGGGUGAUUCACUGUUGGGUGUUCUAGUAGAGGGUUUUUCAGUGGUGGGUGUUCCGGUGGUGGGUGUUCCUGUGGUGGGUGUUCUGGUAGUGGGUUUUCUAGUAGAGGGUGUUUCAGUGUUGGGUGUUCUGGUGGCGGGUGUUCUAGUAGAGGGUGUUUCAAUGGUGGGUGUUCUGGUAGAGGGUGUUCUUGUAGAGGGUGUUUCAGUGGUGGGUUUUCUAGUAGAGGGUGUUUCAGUGGUGGGUUUUCCGGUAGUGGGUGUUCUCGUAGAGGGUGCUUUAGUGUUGGGUGUUCUGGUGGUGGGUGUUCUAGUAGAGGGUGUUCUUGUAGAGGGUUUUUCAGUGGUGGGUGUUCCGGUGGUGGGUGUUCUAGUCGAGGGUGUUUCAGUUGUGGGUGUUCUGGUGGUGGGUGUUCUAGUAGAGAGUGUUUCAGUGGUGGUUGUUCUCGUCGAGGUUUUUUCAGUGGUGGGUGUUCUGGUGGUGGGUGUUCUGGUGGUGGGUGUUCUAGUAGAGGGUGUUUCAGUUGUGGGUGUUCUUGUACUGGGUUUUCUAGUAGAGGAUGUUUCAGUGGUGGGCGUUCUUGUAGAGGGUUUUCUGGUGGUCUUUGUUAUCGUAGAGGGUCUUUCAGUGGUGGGUGUUCUCGUGGCGGGUGUUCUAGUAGAGGGUUUUUCAGUGGUGCGUGUUCUCGUGGAGGGUGUUUCAGUGGUGGGUGUUCUAAUAGUGGGUGUUCUAGUGGAGGGUGUUUCAGUGGUGGGUGUUCUCGUUGACGGUGUUUCCGUGGUGGACGUUCUUGUAGAGGCUGUUCUGGUGGUGGGUGUUCCAGUAGUGGUUUUUUUAGCGGUGUGUGUUUUGGUGGUGCGUGUUUCAGUUGUGGAUGUCCUUGUGGUGGGCUUUUCUUUGGUUUGUGAUGUCGUAAUUUGUGUUUUUCUUGUCCCACUGGUAGCGGUGCUUGUUUCGGUGUUGGUUUGGUCCGGUGCAUAAGGGAAAGGAUACCACCAUGGCCUUCUGACGAUGUAGACCCCAUUGGCACCACCUUCUCCUCGUUUGUCGCCUUUGAUGCUUCGUGCCCGCGUUGACAGGCUGAUGGUUCCUGUGUCAAUGGAGUUUCGCCACACUUCACCAUCAUCACUUUCUGUGUCACAUUAGUUGAGACUAUUGUUUGAUGACUUACCAGCCAGCAGAAGGAGACCAGUGAACAUCUUGAAAGUGAUCAUUGUGGCCAACAAUAUUCUGUUAAAAGGUUGGCGGGGAGCUGGAGCCCAUAACAGCUGACUUCAGGCGAAAGGCAGGCUACACCCCGGACUGGCGGGUCUUCAGUCUCCCACUGCACCCAAGUCGGGCGAAUGGUGAAUAGGUGACUUCUGGCGAGAGGCGGGGGACACCCUGAACCAAUCGCGAGGCACGUAGAAUCGAACAACCAAUGAGCAGCCUUGUGGGAGAAGACCGGAGUACCUGGAGAAAAGCCACACGGGCACGGGCAGAACACGGACCUGGACAACUUGCUGAAUUCUGCUCUUUAACCGAAACCCGUGAAGGAGAAUGUUGCGUGACCUCAAGCUGAAGCGCACUUGAGUUCUGCAGCAGGAUAACGAUCCAAAACACAGCAGGAAGUCAACUUCUGAAUGGCUUCAAAAAGAAACCAAAAGGAAGGUUUUGGAGUGGCCUCGUCAAAGUCCAGACUUGAAUCCCGUUUGAAAUGCGGCGGCAUGACCUUCAAGAGGCCGCUCAUGCUGGAAAACCUUCCAUUUUGCUGAAUUGAAACAAUUCUGCAAAGAAGCGUGGGCCAAAAUAUCUCCACAGGGAUGUGAAAGACUCAUUGCCACUUCUAGAAAACGUUUGAUUUCAAUUGUUGCUACUGAGGAUGGCGCAACCAGUUCUUAGGUUUCACGCGGGGCCAUUACUUUUCCACACAGGGUAACAGGUAACUGAAUAUUUUUAUUUUGUAUUUUUUUGGCCUGAAUAAAUGAAGUCAGCAUUUAAAAGCAGCAUUUUCAGUUCACUUGGGUUCAAUUUGCAGAAAUGGGUUCAACUAUGCAGAAAUAGAAGAAUUUGAGAAACGGACCGAUACCUUUUCACGGCGCUGUUAUAUUUGUAUGCUGUUUUACGGCAGCUUCAGAAACUGCAGUGAAUUUCGUUGUACCGCUUCCGGUGACAAGACAGUCUUAUUCUUUUCUGAUUUGGUGUGCUGUACAGACAUAGUACACAUAGGACUAUGGUAAUGUAGAUGUUGUGAGUGGCAUAGUCUGUAGACGUUGUGCAGAUCGAUAUAGUAGAGAGCUACAGUUGUGUAGCUGUGGGGUGAAUGGAGAGGCAGAAAAUAAGUCAUCAGUCCAUUUUCUUUAUUGUCUGGAAAGCAACAACAACGAAGACGUGGUCAACAGAGCAGCUAUUCUGCCACAUGUCACGGACAUUCCAAACCAUUGCACACGGAUAGCUUAUACAUUUCUUGCAUCGGAAACAUGAUGGCACGUAUUUGCAGCCGCACACAGUCAUUUCCUCUUUGAGAAGCUCCGCUCGGCUUCCUGGUCUUGUGUGAGGAAGGUCAAGUCUAUCACUUGUCGAGCUCUUAUUUUGUCUGAUUUUCAUCUCA